AGUGUUCCGGAAAAUUUGUAACGCGCAGGGGAAAUAUAUCUGAAAGAUCCGAAAGUAAACGACAAACUCGUAUACUUGUAUUGAAGUGUUUGUGGUUAUACCCGGGUUUUUUUUUAUCCUUCAGAUAAUAUAUAUAUUUUUAUGCUGAGUAAAUUCGUGAAAUAGGCAUUGUUUGUUACUGAUAAAUUAUAGUUUUAACGAGGGAACAAUGGGGGUACCGAAGUUCACGCGAUUUAUUUGUGAGAGGUAUCCCUGCCUCUUGGAGGUGUUGAACGAAUAUCAGAUCCCAGAGUUUGAUAACUUGUAUUUAGAUAUGAAUGGUAUUAUCCAUUGCUGUUCUCAUCCGAAUGACGGUGAUGCACAUUUUCGCAUCACUGAAGAGACUAUUUUUAAGAAUAUAUUUCUCUACGUGGAGAUAUUGUUUCGCACGAUCAGACCACAGAGGCUGUUCUUCAUGGCUGUUGAUGGGGUUGCACCACGUGCUAAAAUUAAUCAGCAGAGGAGCAGGAGAUUUAAAUCGGCUAAGGAGGCGCAAAUUGUCGAGAGUAAGGCACGUGCUAAAGGUGAAGUGCUACCAAAAGAAGCGAGAUUUGAUUCUAAUUGCAUCACACCUGGUACUGAGUUCAUGGCAAAGUUGACUGAACAGCUGAGGUAUUUCAUCAUCUACAAAAUAUCCACUGAUAAGCUCUGGCAGAAGUGCAAGGUUAUCCUGAGUGGGCCUGAGGUCCCAGGUGAGGGUGAGCACAAGAUAAUGGAUUACAUUCGGUACAUGAAGGCGCAGCCCUCGUACGACCCGAACAUUCGUCACUGUCUGUACGGUCAAGACGCAGACCUGGUGAUACUCUCAUUGUGCACACACGAGCCCCACUUCGCAGUGCUCCGAGAGGAGGUGAAAUAUGGUCGCUCUUCUCAGACUCACGUCGCAGCAGAGAAGACAAAGUUUACCCUCCUGCACGUGUCCCUUCUUCGAGAGUAUAUGGAGCACGAGUUCGAGUCCCUCAAGCCAAUUCUCCCAUUUCCUUUCGAUCUCGAAAAAAUCAUUGACGACUGGAUUUUAAUGGGUUUCCUCAUCGGGAAUGAUUUCAUCCCUCACUUGCCGACCCUCCACAUCGCCAAAGGGGCCCUCCCCAUCCUCUACGCAGCGUACAAGGAAACCCUCCCCACCCUCGACGGUUACAUAAACGAAUCAGGAAUGUUGAAUCUUUCUCGCUUCGAAAAAUUCAUGGAUAAGCUGUCGGCCAUCGAUGUACAGCAUUUCUCGGACCACCAGGCCGACCUCAAAUACUUCGAGAGUAAAACAGGUCGUCGAGUCUCAGAAAACGAUGGCACGCCUCCCCACAUUAAUUCUCCCAGCCUCAAUCCUUCGAAGAAGUCUUUCAAAAAGGACCUCGAGUCCCUCAUCCAGUCCACAGACGAUCUACUGUUGGGGCACUCCUCCGAAGAAGACGACCUACUCUCUAAUGAUUCAGACACCGAGACCUACGCCCUAGAGUUUCACCAGCACAAGCAAGACUAUUACCUCACGAAAUUCCAUUACGACGAGGUUGACGCUGACGUGAUGAGAGAGCAGGCAACAGCCUAUGUCACAGCGAUCCAGUGGAAUCUGCACUACUACUACAACGGCUGCUGCAGUUGGUCCUGGUUUUACCCACACCAUUACGCCCCCUUUAUAUCAGACAUAAAAGAUUUUAAAGAUUUAAAAUUGGAUUUCGAAAUGGGAACUCCCUUUCUGCCCUUCCAGCAGCUGUUGGCAGUGCUACCAGCAGCCAGCAGAUCCCUUCUCCCUGAGGCCUACCAAAAUCUCCUCACCGACGAGGAAUCCCCAAUAAUCAGCUACUACCCGGAAGAUUUUAAAGUCGACCUCAACGAGAAGACUCGGGAAUGGGAGGGAGUGGUGUUGAUUCCCUUCAUAGACGAGAAGAAAAUGCUCGACGCCAUGGAGCCCUACCACGCCAAACUCACUCCAGAGGAGCAGAAGAGAAAUCGUCAUGGUUCCAUGAGCAUAAUCAGCUACACAGAGAAGAACCUGGGGAUGAUAACAGCACCAGCAUAUUUUCCCACGAUCGAGAAUCACGCGAGUAUCACUUCGGUGGAUCCAAAGGAGAUCGACGUCCCCAGAGAGAAACUGAUGAAGGGCCUCUUGGAAGGGGUCAAGAUGAGCACAUAUUUCCCAGGAUUUCCCACUCUCCAGUAUCUCAAGCACGAGAUAAAGCUCGAGAAGGCCAAGGUGAAAAUUUUUGAGCAACCCUCGAUGUACGAGAAUAUGAUUAUAACGAUUCUCCCGAGGAAAUCGCCUGAUCUUUUGCAGCUGGCCCAUGAUCUCCUGGGGAAAUCUGUUUUCGUCAAAUGGCCUCAUCUGCUGGAGGCGCAGGUAAUCGGGGUGUCUGACUGCCUCAAGAAAAUUUUCUUGAUCAAUCUAGAGAAGCCUUACAGUUCAGAGAACGUUGAUCAGGCAGAUCUAACUCGUCGGGACGAGGUGCACUGGAAGGCUGAGGCUGGAGACGUCUCCAUGGGAUACAAAUCGAGGUUUGGUAUUGUAACUGGGGAUAUCGAAGUUCUAAUUCGCGUGAGAGUCAUCACCGGACGCAGGUACAUCUUCACUAACCAGGGGAGGAUGUCCCUGGAGAAGGAGUGGUCUAGUGUUCCAUCGUAUUAUCCCUAUCAGUCGAUUGUUUACGAUAUUGACGUCGAAAAUAGUGGGAAUAUCUCUCACAGAAAUAUCACUGAUAUUUACACACCGAAGAGUAUAUGCUUUAUGCUGGGACAUCCCCAUUAUGGCGCCAUGGGGGAGGUCGUCCAGCCUGGAGUAAUCCUUAAAACCGGAAGGGUCAAGGUGGCCAUGAACAUCACCCCAGAGCCUGAUUUCGCGGCGCUCCAGAUACAGCAGAACCGCGUCAACAUGGAGUACAUGCAUUGUCACAUUGCUGCUAGGAGGCUGAGUAUCAGCAAUCACCUGUUGAGUAGGAUAACAGGAUCUAUUUUUGUCCAGCUGAAGUCCUCGACGAAUUCUAAGAAGCAGACAAAUAUUGGUCUCAAUCUCAAAUUCAACAAGAGAAAUGAGCAGCUGUCUGGGUACACCAAGAAGGUCAAUGGCCAGUGGAUGUACAGCACCAAGUCGCUGGGACUCAUCAGGAGUUACAUGGAGGAGUUCCCCAAGGUCUUUGAGAAACUUGUCGAAAAUCUGGGAAAUGACGUAUUCAAUGAACAGGAUUUAUUCUCGUGCGAUGGCGAUGUCAAGGAGGUCGUUAAGUGGCUCAAGGAGCAACCUUUCAGAAAAAUUCCACCCUGCAGCUGCGAUACGACGGAACUUGAUCCUGAUAUUAUUGAUUUGGUCCAGGCUCAGGUCGAUGAGUUCGUCGAAAAGAGUGAGAAUGCAGCGAAAACAGUUAUCAUGCAGGUCAAGCCACACUUGUUGUUCAAGCCUGGUAUUAAUUGUGGAAAUAUACCACCUGAUACCAGGACUACGAAUCUACUGUUCGAUAGAAUUAUAUCGGUUAAUGAGAAUUCCAGUGUUCCACUUGGGUACAAGGGGACUAUUAUCAGAAUUAUCGUGGUGAAUGGCAGUAGCAGUGAUAAUCUUUUUGAGGUUUUGUUCGACAAGCCUUUCAUUGGGGGAAUUUCGUUCAAUGGGGAAGGCAACAGUCGGAGGGCUGAGCUUCAUGAUGCUGAGUUUAUUAACAUCUCUUGGGUCAGGAAUCUGCAGGAUAGCGGGCGAAUUACAAGUGCUCCGGAGAAGCUUGAGGCGAAACAGGAUAGAAAGGGUGCUCUGAAUAGUGCUUUUGCCUCGUUUACUGCACAGGGGAAUUUUAGUCCUGUCACUGGAAACGGUAAGGGACAGAAUCACAAUCAAGGGGCGCAGGUCGCGGCCAUGAGGGGUCAGGGGGCGAAGAAGGAACCUGAGGUGAAGAGUGAGACCAAUACUGAGUUCCAGAUGCUGUGGAAUGAACUACAGAAAAAUACGGUACCUCAAUCCGUGACAGGUCCAUUCCCACAGAUGAAAGCGCAAAUGCCACGGCCGAUGCCCACGUGCAUCCCAGAGCCGUCGCAGGAUCCAAGCGCUUUCUUAAAAGCUGUUCUGAAAAUAGAGAAUGACAAAACCAGUGAUCAGCCAAAGCCAGCAACAGACAGAGGAUGCUUCCCACAACCGCCAACACCAGCCUCACCAUCUAAUGCCCCAAGACCAAAUACAGUGGCACUGGUGCAAUUGAUGUUCGAUCGUGCAAGACAGACACGAGAAGAGAACGUCUCUUACUGCGCCCGUCUGCUGAACCACUACCAGUUGAUGGGAAUUGGAAUGCCCAGGUACUUUUACAGCACCCGAAAGAAUCUGGUCCACGCCCAAAUAGUCCUCCCAGACAUGCGGAUGUUCUACAGUGACCUGUGCACCAAUCAUCAUCAGGCAGCUGAGAAUGCAGCGAAAAAAGUCUACAACGAAUUGAAUCUGGCCAACGCACCGAGGCUACGUCCUUACUUCCACAUGUCGCCAUCUAACGCUUGGCCAAACGUUCCGCCUCCAGUGACUGUUCAGCCUCCAGUAAAUGUUCAGCCUCCAGUGAAUGUUCAGCCUCCAGUGAACGUCCAGCCCCCGGUAAAUGUCCAGCCCCGUGUGAUGAUGUCCCCUAAAUUCAUUCCCGACGCUCAAAAGCCACCAGUGAGGCCACCAGCCAACUGGAACGUUAGCAUACCCCACCAGACCCCGGGCUUCACACAAGUGCCACCUCCCAGAAUGGACAAUCCCAUUGAACCAACUCCAGGCACUUCUCAUCCUGAGCCCAAGGAAAUCAAGCAAAAUGCACCCUUCGUUCCCCUUCAGGCACAGAAGAAAACACGCUUACGUCAUCCCAAGGACAAAUCCCAGGAAUUUCAUUACAAGGAGUCACCACCGCUCAAGCCACAGAAGGUGAAACCCAAAGAGAAUUCUCCAAAGACAUCCAGGGAUGACAAGGCUAAGGAAAAUGAGCAGCAUAAAGUUGGCAAGGACAAUCUAGUUACACAGAAGAAUCAGAAAAAUCCUAGACAAAGGAAGUCGAGAAUUGCUGCUAAUUUUGGCUCAUCAGCUGCCAACGGACGUGAUCAAUAGAUUUUUUUUCGUUCGACUUUUUUAUUUAUGAGUUUGAGGUAAUCAUUUGGAAAAUCAUUAUUCACCACGAAAUUCAGCAGUAAAGUGGUGAAUAGUCUUUUUCCUGUUGAUAAAUAUCGAUGAAUCUGAGCAUUAUUGAUUUUGUGAGGAUAUGUCAAAGGCAUUCUUUGUGGGAAAUGAAAUUAACUACAGACAGGUCCUUUGAUGUUUUAACGUGAUGUCGAUAGAUUUGGGAAUUUAAUCACUUUGCUGCUGAAUUAAUUCCAUGAAACCAGAUUAUCAGCAUCUUAUUUACAAAUUGUAUAAACGUGAGAUUCUUUUUUCUCUAAACGUCAAAAUGCGUCUUUUUGAAGUAGCUUUCACUUAAUUCACUUAUUCAGCAGAACAAUUAAUUAUUUUACUCUGAUUUUCCGCAACUUUAUUAGUAUUUUGACACGGCGUUUAGUAUUAUUGAGUUUUGAAAUUAUUGAAAACAUUUAAAGUACUUUUUCUUUUUUAUUUAUUCAUACAUCUUUUAGUUUUUGGGUGAAAUCAAAGCUCGAAUGUGUGUGAUAAAGAUGGUGAAUUCGUUUGUCUUGGGAUUCUUUCGUAUUUUCUUACAAAAAGGAAGAAACAGUGUUUGUUUGAUAAUUGCAAUCAUAUGCAUAUGAUAUUCACUAAUGUAAACUUGAAACUGACUCUGCUGCCAAUAUUGAUGAUAAUUCGGGGUACGAUAACGAAGGUUUACAUUAACUUGAAGAAUUUUGUAAAGAAAUUGGGGCAUGAAUGACAUUUUUUGUUUCAUUUUGUAGAAUCUGCGAAAAACAUUCAAAUAGAACAUGAAUAAAUAAUCACAAGGUACAAUUUUUCUAAA